AAGGAGUACGAACAGGACUUUGACAAGUUGGUAAGAGCUGCUGUUCAAAGUGUGAGACGGAAUCGAAAACGAUCAAACAAAUCUAAACGAAUGGAUAGGGAUCAUAAACGAAUCAAAACUGGUGAUGACCACGAAAAUCAAAGUUUCUUAUCAGAAAUUGCCCAUGUUGAUCCUAAUGAGGUGUAUGAUGUGAAUUAUUCCCGUACUAAAUCUAUAACUUCCGAUGAUCGUGCUAAGGAAACCAUUGAUUCAAUGGUUACUCCGAGAAUCAUAACUGGUAAUACAUAUAGUAAUAAUCAUUCCAUGAUAGGCGGUGCUAUGCUACCUCCUAUUGCAAACCUCACCAUGAAUGAAGAAGUUGUCAAUAUUCCCAACUGUCAAGCUGCCAAACAAAACCUUUUGAAUAAAAUCGAAAGAUCUAAAACUUGUAAUGAAUCAGCAGUGCUCAAGAAAUCGGACAAUAUUCAAUUCUUGGGCAAAUCAGUUAUGAAUUGCUGUAUUGCAUACUUGUUUGAAAAAUCAUUUAGUAAAAUUAAUGAAGGGUCCAUUGAAUAUUUGCGAAACAAAUUAACCACCGAAUCCUCAUUAGCUAAAUUUUUCCGAGAAUUAGAUCCUAAGGAAGCAUUGCUUAAUAAUACAAUCAGUGAUGAAGUUGCUUUGAUAACGUUAUUCACUCUCAUUGGAGGUUGUGUUAACGAUUUUGGAUUUGAACAAGUGUUGUUGCCAUUAUGUGAAAUCAUGUAUGUCUCUGUAUUACAAGAAUAUCCGUUGAUUGUUAAACAUAGUGUACCAUUUAAAGCUGAACAAUACCUUCAAAAUACGGCUCCAGGAGCAUCCAGCUCCUUGAACUCCUUAGCAGAAGUAGCUGCAGCAGAUGUACAUAACACACAUUCACACCUUCCUGUAAAUCCUGCAAUCACAUCUGGUAGAUCAUCUGCUAUUCAGAAUUUAUCACCAACUCCAUCAGCAGGAAUCCCUCCAAUUAGAAGUAUAUCUCCAGAAUUGGAAAUGCGUCUGCGUCUUCAGAAUCCUCAACCCCAAGGACAAUCACAACAGCAACAACAGCAACCACCACCACCACCACAGCAUAUACCUCAUAUUUCACCCCAACCACAGGCCCAACUUCGUGAUAGAAAGCGAGUAUUUAUUCACUUUCUUAAUCAAGUUCUUGAAUUCACUUACCCUAUUAGAAAUUCGGCUCCGCCGAGAUAUAAUGAACUUAUAGAAAAUGCCCGUAUUGCAUUCAAAUUACCAUCAUCCAGUGAUUCCAUACUAGGGUUGCGUAAUAAAGUUGAUCGCAUGAUUUUACAAACUGAUUUUGAUCUAGAGCGAAUUUUCCGAGGUGAUGAUCCUAUUGAACUUGAAAUAUUCACUCAGCGCACAAAGGCAAUUCCAAUCUAUGAAUUGACAUCCACGGUUAUCUCGAAUGGAUCCAUGGAUGCUAUUAAUCGUACCCAUACCGAAUCACCCAAGAUUAUCUUGCCACCACCUAUAAACACAACGCAUGCAUACGGAAACACUUCCGAAUUUAACUUUUUAAGUAAUUCAGAUGAUAUUCAUAGAAUAACUACACCACCGCCACCACCACCUCAGCCUAUCUUACCAAAGUUUCAGCCAUUAUUGUGAUGAUAAUAUAAACGGUUUGUUUCAUAAUGAUAUAAUGACAUUCUUGCAUUAUCCUUGUUCUUAUUGGUUGCGUGUCUUUUUUUUUUUGCAACCGAAGCUAUGUCCCUAAAAAAUGUUUGACGAAAAAAAAUUAUUCUUGGAAAAUUUUGUAUUUGUAGUAAAAAAAAUUUUGUGUAUUAUUGUAACGUGUUUAAUGAUGCAUUAUGUUUAGUAGCAAUAGAUUAGCACCUGGUGACUGUAAAAUGUGGUGAGAUAAACUCUACUGCAUAUACCGUAGUUACCUCC